AUGUCUGAGAGAAAAGGAAAAGUACAAACAGUGGUUGGAUUAGUUGAACCGGAUACAAUUGGUAUCACACAUAUGCAUGAGCAUAUCAUUAUCAAUUACCUUGACUUCUAUGAGGAACCAACACAACAAGAUUUGAAGGAUGCAUGUUGUUGUCAUAGCAGCAAUGACACAAGACAACUACACACUGAGAAGAUUGCAGUUGAUAAUCUACAUUGGAUCAAUUACAACUACAAUAAGAACCUACAUAAUCUUGAACUCAAUGAAAUCGAUGUUGCACUUAGAGAGUUGGCGUUGUUCAAGAACCAAGGUGGAAACACCAUCGUUGAAGUGACUACCGGUGGAAUCGGUAGAGAUCCAACCAAGCUUAAAACCGUCUCUGAACAAUCAAAGUUAAAUAUUGUAAUGGGUGCUGGUUACUAUGUUGACAAGACAAUUAGAAAAUUGAUUCAAGAUAAAAGUGAACAAGAAAUAGAAGAUGAAAUUGUUAGACAACUAUUGGAAGGUGCAGAUGGAACCGAUAUCAAAGCAGGAAUCAUCGGUGAAGUUGGUUGCAGUUGGCCAUUGACAGAGUGUGAGAAGAAAUCGUUGAGAGCAUCCGCUAGAGCUCAAAAGAGAACUGGUGUUUCAAUUACAAUUCACCCUGGUAGAAGUAGAAUUGCUCCAUUACAAAUUCUUGAAAUUAUAAAGGAAGCAGGUGGUGAUUUGUCACGUGUUGUUAUUGGACAUCUGGAUAGAACGGUUCAUGAUAUCGAGAUGCUUUUGGAGAUUGCCAAGACUGGCUGUGUAUUGGAGUAUGAUCUCUGGGGUAUGGAGAUCUCUUACUACCCAUGGGGAGGCGACGUCAUCGGUAUGCUCAAUGACAAUCAGAGAAUCGAAGCGAUCGCACAACUCAUCGAUGCCGGUCACGCCAAGCAAAUCGUAGUGGCACACGACGUCUACACCAAACACCGAUUGGUAACCUACGGAGGACACGGCUAUCAUCAUAUCCUCCACAAAAUACUGCCCAGAAUGAAAAAGUAUGGAAUCAGCGAUGAGAAUAUAAAGGAAAUCUUAAUCAAUACACCCAAGAGAUUGUUGACCAUUCAAUAA